UCUACCUUAACACCGGACACUACUUGUAAAACCAUGUACUUUAAUUUUCCGUGGAACUCGAAGAGAGUAACAAGUCAGCUACAAGUGAGUGGUGAAAUAUAUCAUGACAUCCAGCGACAGUGGAAGUGGCCACGGGUCGGGAGGUUUAUCAUACCAUCGUAACAGUCAACAACAGCAUAAAAAUCAUAUCGGGGGCUGCAGUGUACCAGUUAUCGUGUCAACAAGGUGCAAUAUACCCAAGUCACCGUCUCGUGACAAAGAUUUGAUUGUGACUGGUUUAAAAUAUGCUUCUGGAUCAUCAUUAACUUCUUUAGCACGAGUCCCUAGUCCUAACCCGGAUAUGAAAAUGUUUACUAAAAGAUUAUCAAAGGACAUAACUGAUACAACAUGGUUUGAAGAUGAAUCGGACCUAAUUAAAUGCUGUGGUGCUCUACAAUCAGCAUUAGGUUUACCUAAAAGUUUUAGCAGUAGUGAUAUAACUGGUAUCGAAAAACUUAAUAUUGAUUACUGGACUGGCAUAGAGGACAUGGACGACGGUAAUUUACCAAGAAGUACAUCUGAACUUGUUAUAAAUAAGAGUCGUAUCGGAUCAGACGUGUUUAUGUUGAGUGCUGUAACAACAGGCGGUCGUGUUUUGGAUAAUACAUCUCGUUCGUUGUCCACUUACGUUGCUGUUGGUGACAUGAUACCGAUGUCUCAAUUACCGUCACCUAAUAGACAUUCUGGUUCACUACAAAAAAACUAUCCAUCACUAUCCACGUUUAGUACAACAGACCUCGUUAUGUCGGUUAAUAAAAAGGUUCGACAAAACUACAUUCAGCGUCGACUUGUGAUUACUUACAAAGCAUUAGAGCGUCUGUCACAUAGUGAAUUUAACUUGGACAGCUUGACUUUGAAAAUUCCACCGCCGGACGUUUGCGAGUCACAGCCAAGUAAAUAUUUAAGUGUGCCACAGUCGGGUGGUAAAAAGCUGAAUCGAGGAGAUAUUUUGACGUGUGCGGACUCUAUAAAACGUUACCAACCAAAACCAUUUUCGCAGUUCGAUCGUAAUAUGUUUAUAUUCAACUGGUUACAUGAUGUAAAACUUGAAGCUAAGGUAGAAGACUGAUAAAAAGAAAUGAUUAACAAAAUAAAACUUUUUUCAUAAAGAAUUAUUUUUAAUGCUUCUUUUUUUAUAUAUUAUGACGUUGAAAUUGUCAAAGCUAUUAAUAUUGUUGCAUAAAGACAAAAAUAAUUAUUGUAUUCCAAUUAACCGUUUACGUUUUUGUUUCAUUUAUAUUUAUUGAAUAUUUUCUUAAUAUUAGCUUCGAUGCAAAGCUUAGAAAGUAUUAAUUUUAUAUGAUGUGUUUUUUUUAUGUCUAUUGCCACUUAUUUAUUUUCUAAGGUCUCGUCACACCAUUUUCUUUAAAUGAUACGUCAAAAAAUCACAUUUCGUAUCUAGUUGUAGACAUUGUCCUUAAAAAUUGAAAACAUUUCCCUCGUUCCCUGUAAAUGGGGAAAAUCCUCCAAAAAAUUACGAUUUUUAAAAUCGCUAAAUUUCGACCUUUUUUAAACUAUUUUUCUUGAAACUGCUAUAACUUUUUGAAUAAUGAACGAAUUAAAAUAAGUUUUAUUUAUAUUGAAACAUCAGGAAUUAUACCUUUCAAUCAAUAUAAAUUUUUUGUAAACCUUCCCGCAGAGAGGGAUUCCAAAUAGCAAUUUUUUCAACUUAAAUUUUGAAAAUGUUUCAGUAAUACUGCAUCCUUUAAACAUAUAUUAAAUUAAAGCUUAUUAUAUGUAUUAUAAAUUAAAAAACAAAAAUUUAUCCUGACUUAUGUGUGUUUGUGCAGCCACUACCGUGAGUUGGCUCUACAGUUUUUUAGGGACCUCAUUGAUGUUUCGCCAACUCUUUCUUGCCAUCUUCCAUAUCAAUAAUUUAUUGUUAUAGGAUAGUUUGAUAAGUGAUUAUUAGUGGAGUUAUUUUGAUAACAGAUUAUAGCAACAUCUUUAUCACAUAAAUUGAUAUUUAAUAAAUUUACCUCUCUUCUCAUAUUGAUAAGUAGAUUUUAAUAUUUGAAUAGUAUGAAUUAACAGUGUAGGAAAUAUGAUUACGGGUAGUAAUUUAUUGAUUUUGCGCAUUAUUAUUUGAAAUGUAUUUCUUCAUUUACUGCUGUGGUGUUAAUAUAAACUUUAAAAAGCAGUACUACUUCCUUUCUGUAUGUAGUAAUAUUUAAACUUGGAAAUAUGUUAUAUUUAUCGUUAAAAAUCCCCUACUUCCACGUAAUAAUACUGAAUUAGUACAAAUUAGUAAAUUAGUAUUUGUUAAUAAGGAAAACAUUAAAUAAUUAUGGUUCUGCUUUUAUUGCGGCUUUUCAAUGUAUACAAUGAAGUAGAAUUCUAGUGGUAUAUUAUAA